UCUCUCAUUUAGGGGAAGCCUCUGCCCCACGGGCUGGACAGGGACGGUGGCCGAGCCGCCCGUUCCCUGGCACGCCCCGCCUCCGUGCCCACCGUCCGUCUCGGCGACGGUGCGAGGGGCAGAGCGGAGCGGAAUGGCGGAAAAUGAGUUCUUAGAAGAAAAAACAUUCAAACAGCAUUGUGCAGAAUUUAUUAAACAUUCAGAGGAAAUAUGUGAUGGAUGGGAAUGGAGAAAUUCAAAGGACUGCUCUGAUGGCUACAUGAGCAAAAUACAUUUCCAGAUUAAAAAUGGGGCUUCUGUGACUGAACAACUAUUUCCUCAAGCUGAGGUGAUUAACAAACUUCCUUGCCAAGAUGACUUUGAGCUUUACUCUGAUGACUCUGAAGUGGCUGGGAUCUCUGCAGCAUCAGAAGUGAUUCGAUAUGAGUACCAUGUCUUGUACUCCUGCAGCUAUCAAGUGCCUGUACUGUACUUUAGGGCAAGCUUUUUAGAUGGAAGGCCUUUAACACUGAAGGAAAUAUGGGAUGGUGUUCAUCAAUUCUAUAAAACUCGUCUUCUUCAAGAACCAUGGAGCACCAUUACUCAACAGGAGCACCCAGUACUUGGACAACCUUUCUUUGUCCUCCAUCCUUGCAAGACAAGUGAAUUCAUGACUUCUUUGUUAGAAAACUCUGAAAAAGACAAUCGGAAUAUAAACUAUGUCACAUCGUGGCUCAGCAUUGUCGGACCUGUAGUGGGGCUGCACUUACCCUUGAGUUAUGCCAAAGCCAUGUCUCAGCACAAUGCAAACACAGAUUGAUACAAGGUAAUGUAACAUAGAAGAGGUAGUCUGGAGGCUCAUUACUAGAUUUAUAGGCAUUUAUUAAUAAGGAGGGAGGUGGGAGAGAAAUGGGGAGGGAGAGGGAGUAAGAUGGAGAGAGAGAAGAG